CGCCCGCUGCUCCCUCUCCACCAACCCACCGGCGCAAUGGACCCCGAACCCCCUUCGUCCCACCCUGAGCCCUCCCCUUCCAUCUUCCGCUGGAUCCUCGGCUUCUUGCUCGUCGGCGCCGCCUGGGGCCUGACGACGCCGUUCAUGCGCCGCGCCGCCGUCAAUUACACCCCGCCGACGCGCCCGUACCUCCAGGACCCGAGCGUGUCGUGGGUCAAGCGCAAGCUCUGGACCGUCAUCUUCGCGGUUGUCGACUUGCUGCGCAGGCCCGCGUACGCGGUGCCGUUGCUGCUGAACGUGACGGGCAGCGUGUGGUUCUUUUUACUGAUUGGCCAGGCUGAGCUGAGUCUUACGGUCCCAAUCACAAAUUCUCUGGCCUUUUUGUUUACGGUGCUGGGCGAGUGGUGGGCCGAGAAGAAGGUCAUUUCAAGAGAUACGUGGAUUGGCAUGGCUUUUGUUCUGGGGGGAAUCGGACUAUGUGUGCAUGCCAAGAGCUAGGUUUCUGUUCGCAUUUAUGUCGUCGUGCUGGAUUGCUUAAUGUUGGAUCAACGUAACAAUGGAUAAUGCUCCUGGGACUGAUUUUUUGUUUUAUUUCCUGAUGCGGUAGUGCGAUGGUCAAGGUCGGGUAUAUGCGAUGCUUUCUUGGUCGUCUACGUAGGUAAGCUUGAUACUUCUUUUCUGGAGCCCCAGGGUAAUUUCCGACCCCUUCUAAAUAUUUCCCCUACCACAUAUAAAAUGCACCUGCAAAAGUAUAUGGAUUUUCUUAUACC